UCUGAGAUACACACUCACACACACACACACACAAGCUUCAAGUACCCAAAGGAGCAAUAUCACGGAUAUCAUGGCAGGUAGCACGGAAUACUACGAAGAGCGAUUUGUUUUAGACAGUCUGGACAACAGCUCCGAGGAGUCUGGGGACUUUGAGCUGGACAUCAGCUGGGAGCCAUGCAGCCGAGCACUCAGCGACAGCUUCUACAAGAUCUUCCUACCCACCAUUUACGGAAUAAUCUUCAUCCUGGGGAUCAUUGGCAAUGGAUUAGUCAUUGUUGUGAUGGGCUACCAGAAAAAGGUCAAAACAAUGACCGACAAGUACCGGCUCCAUCUCUCGGUGGCUGAUCUCCUGUUUGUCGUCACGCUGCCCUUCUGGGCCGUGGACGCGGCCAGCAGCUGGUAUUUUGGAGGUUUUAUGUGCGUGUCUGUGCACAUGCUCUACACAGUCAAUCUUUACAGCAGUGUUUUGAUCCUGGCUUUUAUCAGUGUAGACAGAUAUUUGGCAGUGGUACGGGCCACCAACAGCCAAGCCACAAGGAGGCUGCUGGCAGACAGAGUGAUCUACGUGGGCGUGUGGCUGCCUGCGGCUGUGCUCACUGUGCCUGACCUGGUGUUCGCCAAGGCGCAGGUAGUGGAGGCGUCCCCUGAUCCCUUUGGCCUAGGGGAUAAGGUGGAGUCCACGGUCAUGUGCCAGCGCAUCUACCCGUCUGAAUCCAACGACAUCUGGACUGCUGCGUUCCGCUUCCAGCACAUCCUGGUGGGUUUCGUCCUGCCCGGCCUGAUCAUCCUCAUCUGCUACUGCAUCAUCAUCACCAAGCUGUCAGAGGGCUCCAAAGGCCAGCCGCUGAAAAAGAAGGCGCUCAAGACCACCGUCAUCCUCAUCCUGUGCUUUUUCGGCUGCUGGCUGCCCUACUGCGUGGGCAUUUUCGUGGACACCCUCAUGUUACUGAAGGUGAUCGAGCACAGCUGCGAGCUGGAGCAGUCGGUGCGCAAGUGGAUUGCUAUCACAGAGGCUCUGGCUUAUUUUCACUGCUGCCUCAACCCCAUCCUCUACGCUUUCCUGGGAGUAAAGUUCAAGAAAUCGGCCAGGAACGCGCUGACAAGCAGCAAGUCCAGCCAGAAAGCGACUCUUAUGACCAAAAAGCGCGGGCCGAUUUCAUCCGUGUCCACCGAGUCCGAGUCCUCAAGUGUUUUGUCCAGUUAACAGACACUGGCUUACAGACUUGACACUCAUGAGAGACAAAACUAAGCGUAAUCCCAACGGACUUACUACAUUUUGUACAGAUGUAAAUACUUUUUUUUUUUUUUUACACAUUUUGUACUGUUUUCUUUGGUUGCUGCAAGACACUGCCUUGUCAGUUUUUAUUGUUUGUUUUUUUUAAUGUCUUAUCCUCCUCGCAGCAGAUUGUAGCCUCAGGCAGAGCCUGAUCUCCAUUCAGUGUCUAUCAGCUCUGCAACUAAGAUACAGUUUCUUCUUGUCACCUGUGUUUUGCUCUGUAACAGGUCGAGCAUUCAGCCUCUUGUAUGUUUUCAGGGAUAAAUAGCUGCUUUUUAAAAGCCUGUACAUAGUUCUCAGCUUUUUUGUUUGUGUCUGCACUUAAAUUGUGUGAUUAUCCCAAAGCUAUUAUUUAUUUUCUGUCGCUCACACUGGAAGUUUUUUUUUUUUCAU